AAGGACGCUGAUAUAUUAUUCUUCAAACUUCGAAAACCUUUCAUCACAAUUCUUUGCAAUCAGGUGACCCCUUUACCCAGCAAUCUAUUCAUUACACAAAAAGCUAUUCUCCUUGCUUUUUUUUUGUCCCACGCACAUACGCCGUCGCGAGGGUUCUCCACAACCCCACAAUUCACCUAUCCCACCUUCUUCCCAGCCAUGGGACAACUCACCAGCUCUGAAGCCACAAAUGGCCCACAGAAAGAAAAGUAUUCGGCGCAAAGUAUAACAUCAUUAUUCCAAGCAAAGGCUAUCAGUUUGCUUGGGAAAGGAGAGAUACAGUCUGUUGCUUCGAAAGUCAAUAUGAACGAUAUCACAAAGGGUGAUGCCAUAUUGACGUAUACUGACCUAGCACUCUUGCUCAAUCUUUCAAAGAUUGAAAAUGAAGAGCCCUGUACUAUACCCGACUCUGAUAACGACACUAAGAAUCACAUUGAGCGACUUGACCCUCAAUCAGGGAUAUGUAUGGAGUCGCCAGCUACUCCUGCUAUUGAGAUUUUAUAUAGAUCGUUUACGGUCUUGGGAAGGUUGCCAUUUUUAUCAGGUGUACCAUUACACAUGGAUCAGCUCACGAUCAAAAAGCUUCUUGUGGCGCUUGCGGUGCACCUGGGUCGUAUGUCUAAAAUAUGGCCCACCUGUCAUUACACAAAAGUAGUAUUCAUCUCGCUCGCUUUGACUCCGCAACUGAUAUCAGGGUCUGAGCUCGAUGAGAAAAAAAGGGGGGAUAGUAGUGAGACGAGGCCAGUUUCAGUUGGCACACUGAACGAAAAAAGCAAAUUUGAGGCUGGCUCACACGAGAAAACCAAAGAGAAUGCUAUCAUGAAGAGCCUUUCUGUCAACGUUUCUUACAAAACAUCAGCUAAAGAGGAGACUGAAACCGCAUGUGAUAUGAUCAUUUGGGAUUCUCUUGAUCCUCUCGUGAAUUAUGAUGCGAUUAAUGUUGAUGUUCUAUCUGUUUCCGCAUAUGAUCUAGCCCAAAUUUUUACGCUUCUUUUGGUGAUCAACUCGAUUCCGGACCAGUCACACGUAAAAAUGCAAGAAGAUAUACACAAUUUGAUUGCCAAGAAGUGGAAGCAAUUUGAGGAUGCGUCAUUUUUUCUUUUGCGGUAUUUCGAUAUCGAUAUCACUCGUGCUAACAGCAAAAAGAUGAGAAUCUGCUACAGCAAAUACAAGACUGGAGUCCAAGAAGUAAUGUGUGACUUUUUCGAAAAGAAUUUCAAGCGGUUCCUUCAGAUUUCGCUUUUUCUGUCGAAGAUCAAAGCGUCUGCGCCAGAAAAACAGAUGAAAAUGAAUGAAAAACGGACGAAGCCCAUCAAACCAUUCGUACAGACGCGUCUUGUUGAUGAGGCAACUAUCUCUUUGUUAAAUUUAUUUAUGAAAAAUAUUGAUACCAACGUGGAGGUCACUCCACAAAACAUGGUUGAGCUAUAUAUUGGGGCCCAAAGCGGAUUCUCAAUCCGCUCCUUAGAACUGAAAAUAUUUAAGUGGCAGGCCCCAACAAUAUUUUUGGUCUCGGGAAAAAGAUUGAAGAACAAGACCAUCAAGAAAAACAAGCGAUAUCAACAAUUUGAUUCUGAAUACCCUCGGCAUUUCAGGUCGAUUGAGGACCCUCGAAAAAGUUGGCAGCACGAAAACGAUCGGGUGACAUAUGCUGUUUUCGUCAAACAGCCAUGGAGAAACUCGAACAAGAAUAAUUUCGGGGAUGAGGAAACAGCAAUCAUGUCGAUUCUGCCCAGACUCGAUUUUUUCAAAUCAAAGCGUGGCCUCCUCACCAACGGCAAACUGAUCUACUUCAACAAUCAAGGCAUGGGUGUGGGAUUCGGAAAUGAACAGCCAUUGAAUAAGAAUAAUACCCGCAAGCAUAUUCCAGGGAGUGUCUCCUUGACUAUUGAAGCCAACUUAGAGUUUGCCGUGUUCAGACACAUUGUAAAUGCUGGGGCAAAUACUCCUCAUUAUUUCGAGACUUCAAUUCAAAACUCUGCACUUCAUCAAGAUUAUGAAGACCGUUUUGUGAUCACAGAUUUAGAAGUCUGGGGUGUCGGGUCUACCAAAGAAUUGGAGGAGCAAAAAAAACAAUGGGAAUGGGAGGAGAAACAAGCCCUGGCGAGGCAGGGUGUGAAUCUUAGAAGUCUAGGCGAGGAACGUGCUUUUCUUGAAAUGGUAGGCCUAGUUGGAAAUCAAGGUUCUGGCGGCUCGGUUUAAUUUGUGUGAUUUUUUCAAGUUCAAGCCAGUAUAAUACGUUUCAUAUUUUCCUGAAUUCUUCAACCGCUCAAUAAGUAUAUCGGAAGACUUUGGAGAUAAUCUUCAAAAAGAGAAUUUAAGGGAAUGGAUACAAAGAAUUGGAAUGGGCCAGACUUGUAGUGGUGAUUCUAAAAUGUGAAUUUAGCAAUUGUUUGAACACGACUUUGCUCAAAGUACUCUCCUUCUAUAUCCAUUGUUUUCAACAGGAUUUGCACAGACGUGUGCGGGAACUCGUUAUCAGCCUGACAUUUCUUAUAAUUAUAUAAUCUUCGGUCUCAAGCGCUUAAUCCAUUGCGGAAUUGAAUAUCCCUGGUCUUAUAUCCCUCCAUUGACAUCCUAUAAUAUGAUGUUUCAAAAAUACAAAUCCUGGACA